CUGCGAGAGGAUUUAUGUAUUCUAUAAGAGUUUAAACUGGUUUAUUGAAUAAAUGCAUUAAAAUGCAUGUUCAUGAGUGAUGUUUUUCGGAGGAUUCGAUAUAUUUGAAACGCUAUAAGUUGAUAUAUCGCCAAACUCAGCGAUGUCCGCCAAGCAACUGGCCGCCUCCAUGUCUUUGUCGUCAUCGAUGACGUCACUGAAUGCAGACGCUGUCCCAAGAUGCAGCACGCACCGGAAACGGCUAAAGUUCUUCUGCGUCAAGCACGAGCUAUUGUUGUGUUCAGUUUGCGCCGUCAAAAAGCACAGAAGUUGCGAGGAAAUUCUAACGAUCGCGGAAGCGAGCGACGAGAAGAAAACCGAAGGCCUCCGACUCUUGGACGCGCAUGCGCAGCGGAUAGCGCUGAUAGAGAACGCCGUCGUAGAACGCAAGGCAGCCAAGAAGUUGCUUGACACCAACGUUCAGGAAAUACUCAACGAGAUCCACCAGGUCACCGAGAAGGUUAUGGACCUCGUGAAGCACGAGGAGCGCGUGCUGGUCGAGAGCGUCCAGGCGAUGCAGAACCGCGAGGCGCAGACGCUUGACGAUGACAUUUCCGGUCUGGAGACGACUGCGGAGAGGGUACGGAAGGUGCACGAUAAUCUUAGCCAAGGGUUGAAACAAUCCGAAAUUGAUCUCAUUUAUUCCGUAAUAAAGGAAAAACAACAGAACAACGAUGGUGCAAACGUGGAAAACAUUGUUAAAAAGCGUUUUCGCGAAGUUGACUUCAAGUUUAUGGUUUCUCCGCACGUUACGUCCUUUUUACGACAUUUUAAAAGUCUGGGUCAAGUUAUGCUUUCUGAUGAGACCGGAAAUUCCAGGAUUCCGCGAUCAGGAAUGUCUACACCGGUGAGCGAGAUUUCCGAAUUCUCUACUCCAGCUCGCAUUGCUGAUGAGUUCACCGACCAUUCUCCUCCAAACGGAACUGACGACGGGCAUCUCACAGCACGCGAGAAGUGGCAAAGAGAUCGACAGCGACAGAUGCAAUCACAGAUACGAGACCACAACCAGAAUGAAAACGUUUUCCGGUUCGAUCAACCCAACCCAGUCGCACCCUCUAGAGACCGCCGGAAUUUACCGAUGCGCGCUUUACCAAGACCGGAAACACCGGAAGUGUAUAGUCGCCCACGGAUGCCAGCGGGAAGGCAAGACUUCGUACCACGACCAACUUCCACCCCGCCAACGGAAGUUAACUCAUUCUCCCCGAGCCCCAAAUCUCGCGACGUCGACAGGUUUAAUACGAUUGCUCCGUACCGGGCUAUGAGAAAAGAUUUCACUCCAACACCAGACCGAAGAUCACCGGGGCCUAUUAAAAGUCCAGUGGCGUCGACUAAUGGGCGUGUGGAGCCCGCACAGCAGGGAGAAAACGUGUUUUCCUUUAAUCAAGGAGCAGGGAAACCUGAUCACAAUUUUCCGCCGGGCCAUCCUCAUUCCCCGCAUUCAAGAUGGGGACCAUCUUCCUCCUCCCCCAGCGGUCCUGUUUACUCCAUCGUCAGCGUCAAGGACGCCGACACAAACUUCGGUCGAUCAUUUGCCGCCGUCCAAAUCAACGAGGUUCAAAAGCCGCCGAGAAGUUUUCCGACUGGCGAGCAAGAGCGAACGUUUAUCAUUCAGGGCCAUCCCAGUCAUAGCGGUGGCAGUGAAACGGAGGGAAAGUAUAGAGAAGGUAUGAAACUCGAUGAAACCGGACGUUUUACACCAUCUCACGUGACCUCAGAUGAAGAAAAGGUGAAACGCUGGGUGCAUUCGGUAGCGUUUAACUCGAGCGGCAUUGGUUCGAAAAGACUCAUUUCCGGUCUAGGUUUACUAAGUGACGGGAGAGUCAUCAUCGUCGAUCAAGAGCAUUACACAAUACAGCUCUUUGAUCGCAACUUCCGCUUUGUAACGGAAAUGAAACUUGAUUCGCGACCGUUUGACGUGAUAGUGCUCAGCGACACUAAGAUAGCUGUCAGUCUUCAAAGUGAGCGCGUUUUGAAAUUUAUUCUCAUAACCCCCGAAGGUAUUACAUCUUUUGCGGAUCUAGGCGUUCCCUGCGAGACGGUUUGUUACGGCGUAGCGGCGGGCGGCGGCAACUUUGUCGUCUGUUGCGGCGAUGAGGUGUGGGUCCUGUCCGAGGAGGGCCGUGCCGUCCACUGCUUAAAGAAGGACAAUUCCGGACACGGAAUUUUCAUUCAGGCGGAGUACGUGGCAAUGGACGCCACCGGAAACACGCUAUACAUCUCGGACGUGGGAAAUGGCCGUGUGCUGGCCAUUCAGCUGGAUGGGCGGCGUCUCUGGGAGUUCUCCUAUCAAGGGUUCAAACCGGCGGGUCUCAAAUGCUGCGACCAUUACAUCUAUGUGUGCGACCGCGACCAACAUCGCGUCCUGAUGCUCAACGCGAUGGGUCACGUGGUCAAGCAGUCCGUGGUUGGUCGAUUGGAGAACCCGAGCGCUCUGUGCUUCAGCACAUCCGGUAAGGAGAUGCUGGUUGCUCAGAUGAGGUACGACGCCGUGGUGUCGCCACCGAAGCCUGUCCAUAUGUUCGUUAUGCAAUAGCAUGCACAAAUACCCGCCACCUCAUAGCAAUGAUGAAUUCAGCAAUAGCGGUGAAGUUACAGAAAAAAACCGCGACACUUACGGGUCAAGCCAUGUUAUGAGGUUUGUGUAUACGAUGUAGUAUAACCGGUAUAUCUGAUAUAAUUAGUGCCUGUAAGAGUUUUAUUUUGCUAUUCUAAAUCUGCAAUGACUGUCAGUUGUUAAAGGGACUCGCCUUUUUAUUUUUGUUUAUUUUUUAAAUGUCAGUAAAUAUAUUUACUGCAAAAUGUUGAAAUAAAACAAGUGUCUUUUCCGGGGUUCAAACACUUGUCAAUUGAACACAAAUGCUUUUUAAUUUAUCAAUUUAUGAAGAUGAUAUACAUAAACUAACAUAAUUUAAAUAACAGGUAUUUCAAGUUGUAUUUUUUCAUAAAAAGAUUGUGUAAAUUAAUUUCAGAUAAAUGGCAUCUUUCCCGUCUUGUCCCUUAUGGCUAAGUGGCGAUGUUCUUGUUACGCUUUUUAUCGAUGUAUGAAUUUGAAAACUACGUGUAUCACUAACAUAGCGCUAACAAAACGCUGUUUAGUUCUAAAGCCUAAAUGGUCCAGUGGUAGAGGGGCAGAUUUGUUUUCAAAGGUAUCGUAUUUUAAUUCCGAUUAAGACAAAACAUGUUAUUAAACCAUGUUAUAUGUAUUACAUUUAAAGAUUAUUCCAAGUGGUGUAGCCUUGUUAGUAAAGUAAAUAUAAAUAAAUAAAAAUGUCCAUCGGUUAACAAUACCUUUCAUGUGUCAUUUAGAUGCGGUAAAUCAAAUUACUCGAUGCGUUUAAAUUGUCAAAGUAUUUGUUUUACCUUCUUUAAAUAUGUACAGGCCUGUAUGUUUUAUUCAUGAAAUACUUUAUAUACGCAUGUGUUGGGGACGCGUCUCACCAACAAUCGAAUCUCAGUGUGAUAUUCGUGUUUUAUUUAUUUGUGAAUGUCAGUGUGUAAUUCGAGUUUGUUGUUUAUAUAUUUGUGAAUAUCAGUGUGUAAUUCGUGUUUGUUUUUAAUAUUUAUGAAUCUCAGCGUGUAAUUCGUGUGUGUUGUUUAUAUUUGUUAAUGCACUUCUUCGUUGUAAGAUAUCACUUAAGACCAUAUUUUUCACAAAUCUUUUUUUUCGCAUCUCGAAAAAUAUAUUUCUCAACAGAUGUUAACUAUAUUUUACAUCGCCGCCGUUAUAUAUUUUUUACAUGAUCUGUGUGUUUUAUAUUGAUUUAUGCCUGUCUCAUGCAUACUCAGUAUUUCAUAUUGCAAACUUAGGAUUACAGGGAUCUCAUGCAAUGUUCACAUCAGGGAUCUCAUGCAAUGUUCACAUAUGUUGUAAAAAAUGAUUUGUGGAAAACAUGCCUCAGCGUAGCAUAGAGUUCUGCUUUCAUGACGUUUUGUGGUAAAGGGGUGAAAUUCCGCAUAGAUGCCAAACUAUGUUUGUUUAAGUACUAGUAUAUAAAUAUGUUUUCCGUAAUAGUUUAUCAUUUAUAAAGUAUGUCUGUUUUUCUAACACAAUUAAUAAAGUGAAUACCACUUUGAUACGCAAAACCUUGUUUGAAGGUGUGUAUAUAUUUGGUUGUACAUAUGUUUGAAGGUGUGUAUAUAUUUGGUUGUACAUUUGCGUUUCAAGGUGAGAUCUUAUUUGUAACGGACACGUUUUUUCCGAAUAAAACUAUUGUAUAACUAAAAUGGAAACUAUAUAAUUUUGUAUUCCGCACAGUUAUUGAAUGGUUGUGUGUGAUAUUGUA